AAUAUAAGUUGAUACUUUAAUGCAAGCUUGUGAAAUAGCAAAUGGUAAGAUCCAAUCGUGGUACAACCUGUUGUCAGUUCAUGUCGGUUUUAGCAAGAUAUGUAGAAAUGACGGGAAACCAUUAACAUCAAAUGAAUUGAGGCACAUAUAUAACAUAUGUGAAGAUACACUCCCUAAAAUAUACAUUAUAUUGAAACAAAAUACAAUUUUCUAACCAAAUGAAAAAUCAGUAUAUUUAAAUACAAUAUUUAACGUCAACAACCACACAUUGAAACUGAAUAAAAAAUAACAUAAAUAUUAAACAUUCAUUCUUGAAUCCAACAAAUAACACUAACUUUUAACUUUAAAAUUCACAAAAUAAAUCUAAAUUUCAUAUUUGUUGUUAAUUAAAGUCACUAAAAUGAAAUUGUUUAGAGGUAAAAAGUAGAUCAUUAUGAUCAUAUAUCGAAUUCUACAUUCCACUGUGGUACACCGUACAUGUAAAAAGGUUCGGUGGCCAAAUUUAUAUUUAACACUUUAAAAAUUCUAAACGAGGGCCCGUGACCCCACCAACUCCAAUUGACAAUUAUUGAUAGUCGUCGCAGUCGCGUGGACGUCUUUCGUCUUCUGUUCUUUUAUCAUAUCUUUCGUCUUUCGUCUUCUGUUCUAAAACCAGCGCCAAUCCUUCUCUCCCUCUAAUUCCCCCUCUCUCCUUCAUCGCAAAUCUAGUUUCGGAAUUCCGAUCACCGGAAUCAAGCCCAGGAAACCCAAGAAUGAGCUACCAAAGUUCCCGAGCGAUCCGUACCCUCCUCCUACUCCUCACGGGGACGUGUCGUCGUACCCGCCGCAAGAAGUAUAUCCUCCGCCGCAGUCUGAGACCGAGGGGUAACCACCUCCGUGACCCGGAUACCCUCCUCAGUACCCGCCACCGCGUCCACCUCACCAUCAGCACCGGUACGAUGGUUACCAAGGGUAUUUCUCCGCGCCAGGGUAUCCUGCGCAGCCGCCGCCGUCGCCCCGUCAUCCACCCAAUCAAUACCAGAACUUACAGAGCUAUGACCACCACAACCACCAUUAUAAUAAUGACGAUUCCGAAGCUUCGUUCCUCCACGGCUGUUUGGCUACUGUCUCUUGCUGUUGGGUGAUGGAGGAGUGCUGCUUCUGAAAACAUUACUGCGCCAUAUUGUAGUUCUCGGUCCGGCAACUACUCCUAACAGGUUGUUAUGUGGUUUAUGUCUGUCAAGUCGCCACCGAAUUAGUAUGCUUCAAUACCACUGAUCUGUAAUUGCCUUGUUCAAAUGUAAAGUUGGCUUCUCACUAGUGGAGAAGCUUGACUGUUACAUUCUGUCUAGUUAAUAGAGAUUAUGGUGCUAGUUUAAAUCAUGAAUGACUGCUUAAUUUGUAGCUCAAGAAACACAAUAAGUCGUCCUUUGACUCAUUGUAAUAAUAACUUUGUAGUUAAGUUGCAAAAUUUAACUCUUAUAUAUAUAUGAUCCAUUAAGUUUGAAUACUUUUUGCUAUUUGUACAAGCUAGCUUGGGAAAUACAAAUCUAACCAGAAAAAGGGAACACACACAAAGGCAAAGGAAUCAACAAAACUAGAGAAUGUCAUUGAGGAGAAAGCAGUGUAAUGUGUUUGAAAGAUGGUGAAUCCUCCAUCAACCAUAAGGUUGCCCUAUAAUGUACUUGGUUUCUUCUGAAGUAAAGUACAGUGUGGCCUUAGCCACGUCCACAUUCACACACAUGACACCCUACCUCCCUUAGUCCAUUCUUCAUCUCCACUAUUUGCUCUUUGCUCAUUUGCCUGCUAUAUCACACUGAGCUAGUCAACCGACAUUGGAGUUGUAAUUGCACAUUGGUGAUAUGCAAUUGAUCCUUAUCCCAACCUUGCAGAACUUGCUGGCUAUCGACUUCACUGUUGCAGGUAUAAUUGAUUUUGAUAUGGAUUCUAUCCACCACACCCAGUAUCUCGCUAAUGCUGGACGUGAACAAGAUGGAUCUUGAUUCAAUAGGGAUCAUCACUCGAGCAACAUGCUUGAUCCCGCGAUCAUGUCCUGAACAUUCACCCGCUUUACCUUGUCGAAUUCCUCAAGAUCGAUAUCAAUGAUCACCAUUCUGGCAUCUUCCAAUACAUAUCGAGUUAGUGCAAGUAGAUUUUAAAGAGGUGAAUUACAGAGACACAAAUUAACAUGAUCAACUUAAGGGUGGAUGUAGUAGACUGACAACAAUCUUGCCAAGUUUCUAGGUUAGAUAAUCAGUCUUCUAUGGAUAAUAGGCCAACAAAAUAAAAUUUGUGGCGGUCAAAGAAAUAAGUUAAAUCCAUCUAUUGUCCUCCUUCAUUAAUAACGGUAUACUCAUGCAUACAGGGUGAACAUAGCGUAGGAUGGUUUUUUGAAAAGCACAGUCUAUCAUGGAUGCCCCAUUACUGUGGAGUUGGAACCUUUUUAUGAGUCUUGGUUAUCUCCUGUCUCUACUUUUGGUUUCUGACUGGAGUAUUUGGUUGGAGGUCUUGGUAGAUUGCUUGAUAAACUAGUGAAUGUAGAAAAAGUAAACGAAUCACAGUGCAAGAUCGACAUCAUGUUUGAUUAAUGGAUGUUGAAUUAUCGAAUAAAUGCAGUGAUUCUGCGAUCAAGAAACAAUCCUUCAUUUAACUGUGGCAUAACUGCAGGUGGGGAGAUCAAGGGCAAGAACUGAUAUGCUAUUGUGCUUAGGGAAAGCUGCAGACACCUUAUUGACUCGUUACUGUUAACUCACUAUGCAAAGAUGCAAUGUUCUCGAUGCCUUUGGGGGAUCUCCAAUCGCCAUCAUUUCAUUGGCAACCUCUUUUCUACCCGCUACAUUACCAUGUAUAAAUAGAUGGAAGAAUGGUGUUGCUUUCCAAUCAUUCCUUCACAACAACAUAUUAGUAAAACAUUAAGCCACCCCCGACCCUACUAUACAAUGAAAGAUGGAACAGUUGGAGAAGAAGCAACAAGGUGACAACCAUCUAUGCAUUGAUUUUCUGGAUAAGUAUGGUCCGUAUGUGACGAAGUCUGCUCAGGAGGAACGAAUGAAGAAUUCUUACAACCAAAUAAACACUACAUUGAUCG